AUGGAUCUGGAGGGGGCCUGGUCUGGAGUGGGAAGCUUGGACGAUCUCAGCCUCCUCGAACGAAACGUGGGUGGGAGAUGCAAGCGGGACGGGGCAUGUAUCUGCAAGAGCGGAAUAGGGCUAGGCCAGGGAUGUUUGGGCUACAGAGAUAGGAGCAAAGAGGGCAGCCGAGGGAGGCAUUGCUGGGUAGCUGAGCCUGGGGCGCAGGUACUGGGCCAGGGAGCGCGCCCAGGGUGUAGGCGAGGAUUCGGCCAGCCUGGUGAUGGUUGCAUGGGUGGUGUGGGCAUGGGCCGUGCCAGAUGCAAGGUACUUGGCGCGGCCGUUCAGUGCCAUUGUCAGCGACCUGGUUAUUCGUCCUCUCGAGCUGCUGGGACUCCUGGGGCUCCUGGGGCUCCUGGGGCUCCUUUUGGUUUGCGCGCGCGCGCCGUCAUCCCCUGUCGGAUGCUAGAACAUCCGCUCACACCCGCAGGAAUAGAGGCGGGAACCACCACGCCGCAGCCGUCCAAGCCCCCAAGGAACGGUACCUGGUCCGGGGCGCCUGGGCGGCAAAGAAUGGGCUUCGGCUGUGGCAAACAGGCGCCUUCAUCACUGCCCGUUGCUCUCUGGGUGAUUGCCCGCCCGGAGAGGGAGCACGGGGUGGUGUACUCCGUACCGUCGCAAAGGUGGCUGGCUUGUCAGCGAGAACGACCAUGA